CUUUACUGACGACUAACAAAACCUUCCUGAAAUAACAAUGUGUUGUCCAAACAUUAUAAAAUAAUAUUGUAGCCUAAAACUGAAUAUGCUCACAUAAAAUUCUAUUAAUAUUUUGUAACAUCAGAUCCGUUCAUUGAUCAAAAAUAGCAAGAACUGGGAGGGAGAAUUCAAAUGAGCAAAUGGCCUGUUUUAAUGAAGCUGUAAUGCGUCGAAGUUUUGAUUUAAAAUCAUUUAUUAUAUUUGGCUGUCACGCAGUAGAGAGAAAAAGAAUGUAACGUCUUCAGAGAAAUAACCAUGUAACCAGAAACCUCCCCUUCCUAAUUAUAGAGAAGCAGCGGCUCUGUGUCUCCCUCCAGCGGCAGCUAUUGUGCAUUUCACUGAAUGUGGAGCACACCAAGGAGGACUACGACAAGUAACGGGAUUUGAUUUUAAUUUACACCCCCUUCUAUCAAAUCGACCAUGAGUCGUCGGAGCACUGCAGAUGUUUGGACGACAGUUCACUACAUUCAGACGCUCGUUGGUGGUUUGUGGUGAAAAGUUACAUUGUGUUGCCGUGAGUGAGGGAAACCGUUUGAGACUUUAGUUGUGGCUGGAAACACUGAAACAAUGUAAAAUCGCUUUACAUGCGCAGACACCUUCGUUUUUAUUUGACAAAGCAACAUAACGGGAUAAUGUGACUUCCUUCCUUCCUGCUGCUUCAUCAACACGUUUGACCGCAGGUUUUCUGUAAAAAAAAAAAAGGUUGUUGCAAGGGUAGUAGAUACUCGUUUCCUGUUUUCUCCAAAAAGCAAAACCUGCCCAGCUUUAUUUGAUCUCCUCUAACUUACAACGUGCCAUGUUCACCCAGCCCACAUGUCAAAUCUCACACAAGAAAUGGCAACACCGAAGGAGUUACGAGAGUGGUGCCGCGUCACAUGCGCAUAUUACCCCAAUGUGGAAAUAAAGAACAUGUCAACCUCAUUCAGGGAUGGACUCGCAUUUUGCGCCAUCAUCCACAAACACCGGCCUGACUUGAUAGAUUUCAGCUCCCUCUCCAAAGAUAAUGUCUAUCAAAAUAACAAACUGGCAUUUAAAAUUGCAGAGACAAAGCUGGGCAUCUCUGCAUUGCUGGACCCAAACGACAUGGUUUCCACCAAGGUGCCUGAUUGUUUGAGCGUCAUCACCUACCUUUCCCAGUACUACUACUUCUUCAACAGGAAGUCUUAUGGUCUUGCCAGUUUGAGGCCAUCACAUGUCACUGUCUUAAACAAUCUCACAAAGAAUAAAACUCCUGAUGGUCUGAAACUCCAGAAGAGUUCGACUGGUCUGGAAACCAGCAGAGAAGAUCGUUUAUCCAACACAAGGCCACGAACAGUGUGUAAUUUGUGCUUUAAGCCUGUCCAUCUCAUACAGAGACAUUUGAUUGACGGAAAGGUCUACCAUCGCAGCUGUUUCAGGUGCAAAGUGUGCCACAACACUCUUUUACCGGAGUCUUACACACAGGGAAGUGAGGCUUGCUCCUUUAUCUGCACUCACCACAUAACAGACAGUAAAAGUACUCGUGUUGACCUCAGUCAGCAAAUUGGAUCGACUGAGAAUCGGUCCAAAUGUAAGCUUCAGGCAGGUUAUUUUUCUCUGAGUGGAUUGGCUAUCUCCAGCAUCCCUCAUUACACUAAGAAAACAGAGUCACAGGACAGACUGGUUUGUAAAACACCAGAGACAGAGGGGAAAGAAAGGCAACAGAGGAGCAGAGAGGUGAAAGACAGAGAAAACGGAGACUACACUGUUGGACUGAACAGCGUGGUACAGAAGCCAGCGCCUCCUCAUCUUCCCGCACCCAGCGUUAAAGACAGGACCAUUGAAGAAGCCAGAAAAGCUGGACCUGCACCCAUUCUGGCAGACAGCAAGAUACGACAGGAAGCGACAAAGACCCAAGAGCCCUCUGAGCUCUCUUCACCGUGUGCACAAGUGACAGCAGGAAGUAGUCGGCCGGUUCCAGCACCCAGGCGAAUGUUAGGCUCUUCUGUAGUCCCUGUUCCUGCACCCAGGACCAAAACCUCCCAGACUGCAGACAUUUCAUCCAACCCAAAUAAAUGUUCACCCAAUCCAUCUCACAUCACCAGCCAAACCAGUGGUAGCCCUAAAGUGAAAACCAACCAUCCAUGGCUGGCCAUCGUACAUCCCGGACCCUGGACUCAGCUGCCUCCCGCUCCAGCUCCAGUACCCACUCCUCGAUCCAAAUCUGUCUCUAAACUGCAGAGGUCAUGGUACAGACCCAGAGAGCCUCCUCCCAAUCCAUUUGGAGAGGAUGUGGAUGGGGAUACUCAGGAAGAGGGCAGAGCUGUCCAUUCAGGGAAUGGUGGCAAUCUGACAGAUAAAUCAGAGGACGCAGCUACUGCGGUUUGUUCAAGUGAUGCCGAACAAACCGCAGGCUUCAAAGAGGCUGGCGGAGUUGCAGUACCUGUCCCAGCAGAGGGAGUGGGUGCAGUUAUGAACACAGUGGGAGCUUCAAGUGAACCAGUUGGAGAUACUAGUCAAAUUAGUAUAUCAGAUUUGGAUGAAACAGGAAGUUCACUACCUGAUGUGACUGAAGCAGCAGCAGGGCCGCAUGCCACUUCAGAUGAAGCACAGAGUCACACUUUACCCAGGAGCCUUUCUGUGCCAGCUAUCUGUGCCACAUUUGCCAAAUGUGACUUGACAGAGGCAAAUGAAUCUGAUCAGGUCACGUCAUGUCAAAGUAAGCUGGCCUGCAAAGAGAAUCCUUUUGAUCGAAACCCUGCUAUGCCCAAAUCAAAGACUUUUCAGUCCCUCUCAUCUACACGGGCCCCUGCCCCUGGACAUGGCUUCCCGCUCAUCAAGAGGAAGGUGCAGACGGACCAGAAUGUUUCUACAGAAGACCUGCUGGUGGAGAUUAGAGAACUGCAUAAACAUCUGGAGGCACUGGAACAAAGAGGAGUCGAACUGGAGAGGAAUCUGAGAGACUGCAAGAAUGAUAAAGAGGAGGAACAAAUGCUAAUGGAGUGGUUCUCUCUUAUCCAGGAGAAACAUGUUCUGGUGCACAGAGAUACGGAGCUGGUUUAUCUGACAAAGCAGCAGAAGUUAGAGGAGAGACAGGCAGAUGUGGAGUAUGAGCUCAGGUGUCUCCUUAAUAAACCAGAAAGUGACUGGAAUCAGGAAGAUCGAGGUCAAGAGCAGCAGCUGAUGGAUGAGCUGGUCGCCAUCAUCGAACAGAGGAACGAGAUCAUCAGCAACUUGGACCAGGACAGGCAGAGGGAAAGAGAAGAAAAUACACUUUUGGAAGCCAUGAUGAAGAACAAAGAGUUCCAGAAAGAAGGACUAAAAGAGCUAAAGAAGUCAAAAGGAAGGUUCAAGCCCACAAAAGUUUUUAAGAUGCUGAGACGAGACUCCAUGGAUAAAAACAGCUGAAGUACUAUGACUGCAGAAACUCUCAUAGACAACUCAUUUAUACUUUGAGAUGAUAAAUAUGAAAAAGUGUUGUGGAAAAGUGGAAGAUGAUCAUCAUAUGAAACAGUUUGUUAAUUUUAUGUUGAAUAGCAGCUCUGUGGCAUAGACAAAAUGAAUGAAUCAUUUUCUCAGUGCAAAUGAUUCUGUGUUGUACAUUUUCUCUUCCAUCUUUCAUUACUUGCCCUAUCUCCUAUCAAUAUUUCAGUUUUUUUAUUUUAUUUUAUUACAUACUUGUAUUAGUUUAAGUAUGCAAUAAA